AGACGGAAGUGGCAAAAACGUCAACAUGUUUUGUAUCAGUCACCGCGGCGAGUUACUGAGCUGCUUUGUACUGAGUAGGCUCCUUCUUAUGAGUUAACCUUUGUAGUUAGUUACCAUGGAUGGGCCAGUGGAGCAGGACCAAAAGCCGGCUCCUAAAGUCGAGCUCUCUGCGGCGAUGCGGGCCAAGAUUGAACGGAACCGACAGCGGGCUUUGAUGCUCAGACAAGCCCGACUGGCGAACCGUCCUUUGUCCGCAGUGGAAGGUGCGACCUCUGCAAAAGUGUCCAAAAUUAUUGAUUCAGGCUCUGGGUUUUUCAUUGAGGAAGAGGAGAAUGCAGUGGAGGAGCAAAGGAGCCGAAAGAUGGUCCAGCAGCCAGCUCCGGUGAUUGAGCCAGACUAUUUAGUGUGUGAUGACUGUGAAAAACCCUUUAUGGAUUCCUACCUCAGCAACAGCUUUGACCUGUCUGUGUGCGACACGUGCAGGGACAAUGAAGAAAAGCACAAAAUGAUUUCUAGAACUGAGGCCAAACAGCGUUACUUGUUAAAAGACUGUGAUCUGGAUAAGAGAGAGCCUCCUCUUCGAUUUAUAUUGAAGAAAAACCCACACAACUCUCGCUGGGGAGAUAUGAAGCUGUAUCUGAAAAUGCAGGUGGAAAAGAGGUGCAUGGAGGUCUGGGGGUCACAGGAGGCCCUUGAAGAUGCCCGAGAGACAAGGGAGGAGAACAGAGAAACACAGAAACAAAAACGAUUCAACAAGAAAGUAAAAGAACUGCGCAGGGCAGUUAGGAGCAGUAUGUGGACCAAAGACACAAGUGCUCACCAACAUGAGUAUGGCCCAGAAGAGGUGAUAGAUCCAGACGAAGACCUGUACAAGAAAACCUGUACCACCUGUGGACAUGAGCUCACAUAUGAGAAGAUGUAGGGAACAAUGCAGACACAGCAGAUUAAGCUUAAUUCAAUAACUUCUUGAUGCUGGACUAUACUCUUAUCUCAAGAGUAUAAUAUGGUCAACCAAAGUUGCACCUGCUGCACCUGCAGUGCCUUUCUAUUUGUUACAGAAUUUCCUGUUUUUGAGUUUUUUUGCCAGUGCCGUACAAGUCACAUAGUACUACCCAUUCUUAAAAGUGUCUUUUUUGUAAAUUGGUUAUUUAUGGACUAAAUUUUAAGGUUUCUGUCUUAAGUCCUUAAAAUAGCAAUUUCAUCAAUGAACUAAAUAAAGCUAGAGGAACCAUGGAUACACUGAAGCUGCAACCUUGUAACUCUAAGAAGAGCAAAAUUCUAAUAGAAAAUAAAACAGGGCCAGGUCAUUGGUUAAAGGAACUAUAAAAAGAAUAAUCACUCCAAUAACUCUCCACUGCUGCUGUACAUUUAAUACAGAAUUAGUGUGCUUGUAUGUCAAUACUCUGUAUGGGUACAAUCUGCCUUCACAUUAUUCGAUUGGUCAUUGGAUAAAGCUCAAGUAGAAAAAGGCAAAUCAUGUAAAAAAAAAAUACAGAAAGAGCUUUCCUGGUUACAUUUCAGGAGAAUAUCACUGUUGUAACUGUUUCUGUAGGUUAUGGAUUUUUGUACAUAAAUGACUGCUCAAAUAUUAAAUCUAAAUAACUGUCAUUCCACUGAUACAUGAAUAAAAUGUUUAUACAGUC